AUGGAACCCGCGCUGACUAUCUACAAUGUCAAUGAUGAGAAGAGUCUCUCUUCGCAGUCUAGUCUCAGAAAGCCUCAGCUAGAUCCACUAUGCCACAUCCUAACUCCCAUCGGCAUGCUUGGAUAUGGCUUCGAUGAAGCCCUCACCCACCAAGCCUUACAAGAUCUCAAAAAUAGCAACGUGCCAACAGCCCUAAUCAUCGACUCCGGCUCCACCGAUUCUGGCCCCGCUAAGCUAGCUCUGGGAAUCAUGACUAGCCCUAGAGGUUCCUACGAGCGGGAUUUCACUAAACUGUUGAGACUUGCGAAUACUUUUCAUGUCCCGCUGCUGAUUUCUUCUGCGGGAGGUGAUGGAAGUGAUGCUCAUGUUGAUGAGUUUUUGGAUAUUGUGAGAGAAAUUUGUGAGAAGGGAAACAACUCCUACAAAUUUAAGACUUUGGCUAUCUACAGUAAUGUCUCUAAAGCAAAAGUAUUCCACGGUCUCCAUGCUGGCGAAGUUAAAGGGUGCGGUGCGUCUGUUCCUGAGCUGACAGCUUCUGAUAUUGAAGGUGCUGCCACAAUUGUGGCUCAAAUGGGCCCAGAGCCUUUUGUUCAGGCCAUGGAAGCUGAACCUGAUUUUGACAUCAUCAUCGGUGGUCGAGCAUAUGAUCCGAGUCCUUAUGUAGCAUUUUGUAUUUUCCAGGCUGAGAAAGUGCUAGCAGCUUCGGGGAAGACUUUGACCGCUGAACAGUUGGGCGGCUUCACUCAUAUGGGGAAGAUUAUGGAAUGCGGUGCUAUAUGUGCUACACCCAAGAGUGCUUCAGCUAUGGCAACGGUAUAUCGAGAUGGAACGUUCAACAUCAAACCUCUUAAUGCGGAUGCUCGCUGUACGCCAUCUUCCGUGGCAGCUCAUACGCUAUACGAAAAAUCUCGUCCAGACAUCCUCUCCGGUCCGGGAGGAAAUCUCAACCUCACACGUUCCAUAUACACCCAAUUACCCGAUCAAAGAACCGUCCGCGUCCACGGCGCAACAUUCCAAUUCUCCCGCGAUGUAGACCUCCCGUAUACAAUCAAGCUCGAAGCAGCAAAAAUGGUCGGCCACCGCACAAUCUUCAUGGGCGGCGUCCGAGACCCCAUCCUCAUCUCACAAAUGUCAUCCUUUCAAUCCCGCAUUCAAGAAUACGUAAUAACACAGAACACACCCUCAUCUCCAUCAAGCGGCGAGUUCUGGAAACUUGGCUUCCACACUUAUGGCGCAAAUGGUAUAAUGGGUGCCUUGGAACCAGGAGAUUCAACGUUUCAGCCACGGGAAAUAUUCAUUGUUGGUGAAGUUCUGGCAAGUAGCCAGAAGCUUGCAACUUCCAUCGCCGCUACGGCGAGGGUCGCUGCUGCUCAUGGCGCGUAUCCUGGACAGCGGGGUACGGGAGGGAAUUUUGCCAUGGGCGUAGGUGGAAAGCUGGAAGUCGAAAUGGGGCCUUGUGCAGAAUUCUGCAUCUACCAUCUCAUGCCACUGCGCGUUGGAGAGGAAGGUGCGAAGAGAAUCGGUGAUAAUAGGGUGAUGAGCAAGAGCGAUUCCUCGACUCUUCCAUUAUUUUCCUGGAAGAUGAGUAUCAUUGGAAAAGGAGACCUCACUGUUGCUCCCGAGCCACCCGUCCGUUCCUCACCAGCAACUGCUCUAGAUCCCCCUCGCCAAAACCCCAGGCCCAGCCAACCCUCAACACUAAACCUCACAUCCCCUCUCACACUCACAGACAUCGCGCCCGUGAUCCGCUCUAAGAACUCCGGGCCCUACGAAAUAACUCUCGACGUCGUCUUCUCCUCCCUCCCAGUCUACGCCAUCAUAAAGGCCUCCUCGCUCCUCACGCCAGCCACUCUCGCGCGCAUGUACCAUUUGCACGAGGCGGAUAUCGUGUGGUGUGGAUUCUUUGACCAGGCUAUGGCGUGGAAAUGCACGCUUCCGAGACGGGGAGAUGCGGGGGAGAGGAGGAUUGCUGGCGGGUUCAUGGAGGCGGAUGUACAUGCUAGUCAGCAGUAUGCUGGGCUGCUGGGCUUGGAGUUGGGGGAGGAGGUGAGGGGGAGGAUUAGGGAGUUGGGAUUGGGUGGUGGCGGGGAAUAG